AUGGAUGUAAAUUUAGCGCGGCUAACGAUGGGUCUGUUGUUAGCCACCAGUCGGUACAUUGAAUGCACCGAGAUGAUGCAACCCCAUCCCGGAUCGUCCCUACAAGCCUACGAUGAUGUUGCAACCGCUAAAGUGGAGAUUCAAAACUGGCCAAUACCGCAUAACUUGGCGUUGGCAGAUCCAUAUUUCCAUGAACCGAGCCGUAUCGAUCUGUUAAUAGGUGCUGAAAUGUUUUACGAUUUAUUGUACCAGGAUAAGAUUAACAUUUCUGUGGACCUGCCGGUGCUACAAGACAGUUCAUUAGGAUGGCUAGUAUCGGGGCGCGUAGCUGAUUCGAAGCUGAUUUCCACUGUUCGUAUGUGUCAUGCAGUGUCCAAGGAGUCGUCUGAACAAGAAUUGACUGAAAUGUUGAAGCGGUUUUGGUUGAUUGAUGAACAGAGUCAUUCUGGGUUGGAUCAAGGAGAGGAUGAAGAGUGUGAGCGACAUUUCAUUCAAACACAUCAACGCAGCGAAAGUGGUCGCUACACCGUACGACUACCGUUUCGAGAGAGUAUCGGCGAACUUGGAGAUUCCAAAGCAGUAGCAGAAAAGAGAUUCACGCAGUUAGAACGCAGAUUUGAUAGGAAUCCAAUAAUGAAACAGCAGUAUAAGGCAUUCAUUGACGAAUACAUCGCUCUGGGUCGUGCUCGAAUUAUUGAUGAAAAAUGUGACGACGAAAGCAAGGGAUAUUUCCUACCGCAUCAUUGUGUGCUUAAGCCAGAAAGUUCCACGACAAAACUAAGGGUAGUAUUCGAUGCAUCAUCAAUGAGCUCUACAAAUCUGUCGCUGAAUGAUGUUAUGAUGACAGGACCCACAGUGCAACCCACGUUGUUUGAUAUUGUUUUGAGAUUUCGUAUUCCCAAAUAUGUCUUUACUGCCGAUGUGUCAAAAAUGUAUCGCCAAGUUCAGGUCCACAAAGACGAUUGCAAGUAUCAGAAAAAUCUGUGGAGAGACGAUAGAACUGAACCAUUAAGAACAAUUGAAUUACAAACUGUCACAUAUGGAACAUCGGCAGCCCCGUUCUUGGCCACCAGAUCCCUGAGCCAACUGGCGAUUGACGAACAGAUGAAUUAUCCCGAAGCUAGUAGCAAGGCAUUGAAAAGUUUCUAUGUAGACGACGUACUGACAGGAUCGGAUGAUCUGGAAGAGGCGAAGAAGCUACAACGUGACUUAACUGAAAUGUUAAUGCGAGGAGGUUUUGAGCUACGAAAGUGGUGCGCCAACAAUGCUGCUAUCUUGGAUGAGAUUCCCGUUGAAUUUUGUGAGAAACAACUUGAUUUUGAAAACCAUGAUGUGAAUGGUGUCAUCAAAACACUCGGAUUGUUAUGGAAUCCAGUUGAUGACGUGUUAGUAUUUCGUGCGAAGCCUAUGGAUGAUUCCUUUAAAUCUUUCACAAAACGUCAAAUAAUGUCGGAAAUCGCACGAUUGUUCGAUCCUCUCGGAUUACUAGCACCAGUUGUGGUGAUAGGAAAACUCGUAAUGCAGCAACUUUGGAAGGAGGAAAUCAAUUGGGAUGACAUCGUCUCUGGUGAACCGUUGAACGUGUGGAGAAAAUUCAGGUCGGAGCUGUGUGCUAUUAGUGAAUUGAAGAUUCCGAGAAACGUCACAAGUAGCCCUAGUAGCCCUAGUAGCCCUAGUAGCCCUAGUAGCCCUAGUAGCCCUAGUAGCCCUAGUAGCCCUAGUAGCCCUAGUAGCCCUAGUAGCCCUAGUAGCCCUAGUAGCCCUAGUAGCCCUAGUAGCCUUAGAAGUCGUAAUAGAUUUGUGCAAUUGCCGGACGUGCAUAGCAUGAUCGGUGAGACCUUCGUCAAUCCCGCAGCCUACUUGGACUGGAGUUCGUUAGUUUUACUGAUACAAGACGCCAAUGACCACCAGGUUUAA